AUGGACGCUCCCCAGGAACCUUCUCUCCUAGAGUAUGCUCGAUUUUAUGGUAUUGCCCGUGACUUCACGGCAGUCGAUCCCCUCACGUACGUUGACGAGACUUACCAUACUGCAUCUCAAACAUCCCCACUACCCCAAAAUACCCUUUCCGAAUUUCAAAGUUACAUUUACGAGACACAGAAAAACGUUGAAAGUGACCUCCGCAAAGAGAAGCUCAACGUCAGUAAAGAAAGCGCCCGUUUGCUAUCAUCGGUCAUUCAACAAGCGAAAGCAGAGACAAUAGACAUAAACUGGGACAAUAUUCUACCUGAAUUCAACCGAGCCGAUAAGCUCAAGGUAGAGCUUCCGACUAUCAACACUGAGAGCAUCAUGGAGACAGGACAAUAUAGGAGUCCACUGCGUUACGACUUGAGUAAGGUCGGAAUACGUCCCCUCAACGAAUCGUGUCAGAAACUCAAGGAUGAGGAUAUCACUGCCGCUCUAUUGGCAAAGGCCGAUGAGGUUCUGAAGGACACUAUGCCCGAGAAGCUAACUUGUAGUCGAGAGUCGAUGCUGUUGAUACAGAAGGCCAGAGAUUGUAGCGAUUUUCCUUUCUCAGAUCUUGAAGGUUUAUUGGAGGAGAUGAUACCAGAUCAGGCAAGUAUAUGGAAACUCGUUGUUGUAACUAUACUUAUUGUAUGGUUACAGGAACAUCAAAUUGCUUCGAAAUCCUCUCCAUUUCUUCUACCGAAUUUCGAUGAGACUUACCACAGGAGCCCUUCGCCAGUCCCCAUGUCGUUGACGCUACCGAAUCUUGUUUGUUCCGGUUCUUUUGAGCCUGGGGUGCAGUGCAACAGCGUUUUGGCGCAUAAUUCAGCUUCACAUACUUCAGGAUGUGCGAUAGUGCAACAUCCUCCAACUGCCGAGGAAAAUCAAAUGGAUAUUGACGUAUUAAUUGACGAAAGAACAGCUGAAGUGGGUACGACUCGACUAGAAAACAACUUCGGGUUUUUACCUGACAAGGAUAGUCACUGCGAAGAAAUUCAUACACUAAACGUGUCUCAACAGACCGAAGAUACUAUCUAUCCCAUAGAUUCGGACUCCUCGGUUAUCUGUCUCGGGUCAGAGGGCGAAUGUGUGCAAACCGCAUGCGAAGUAACAGAAGAGCGAGAAAGUCGAACAUCUAGUGUUAUAAAUACUGGGGAAUUUCAAAUUUCAAGAAGUCCGACUAGUCAUUUCUCGCUCUUUAGUUCUCUCUCAGCCCUGCGCUUGCCCUAUCUGGAUUUUGUGGAGUGUCGAAAUUAUGAAUCCGACUCCACUACAAGAAUGUGUUCUUCGAACCAGUCGAAUCCGAAGGGGAAUGUCGCUCAUUCCCAGACAGUUCAAGAAAGAAGAACGGCAGAGGAGGUUGUCGAAACAGCACCCAGCAAAGCUUUGGAGUCUACCGUCGAGGCUAUCAGUGCCAUGAGAUAUACGGAACAAGACCAAUUCCCUGAACAGGAUACCAUGCCUCCUCAGCUCGAGAGCGAAAUUAUUUUGAUCAAGUCUCCAAAUGUCACUGUGAUCAGUACCGCCAGUUCCUCAGAAACAAUGUUCAACUCAUUAGUCCGCGAUCUCCCAACAGACAUAUCUUCGGAGAGACAAAAACGGAAAUAUGAGGAGAGACCGGAUGUCUCGCGCAAAGACCGCAAACUAGACAACCAAACUGCCAUACCUCUGGCUAAUAACAAGGGAGAGCAUGCAAUGUCCUCGGGAUCAUCUAUUUUAGGCUCCUUGUCCACCUUCAUGGAGACUAGAGGCCGAGUAGAAAGGCGACAAGUAAAAACAAUCAGUCCAUAUUCUAACGAGGUGCAAACUGCGAAUGUUGCAGGGCAUCAAGACCUGGCUAUGGAUACCGAAAAUCCCACUGAAUAUGAAGAACCAACAGUCAUUAUAGAAGAGCUACAGACUUCAGCAUUAGAACUUUGCACCAACCACAACCUCCCAAAAGAGGCAGAUAUCAUCGUCUCGCCAACAACAGGAAUCAUUUUGACAACCUUACAAGCGACUACACAACUAUAUCUACCAGGUCAUAAGCCCAACCCGCAGACGAACCGUGUCAAGUGCAUCAAUUCGCCGCUCCGAGAACGCAUCUACCUCCUAGCUCCCCGCUACAAACGCCUCUACGUAUUCGUUACUCACGGCACAAGUCCCCCGAAAGGUGCGCAGAGCAAUAUCUUGCCAUGGCCAGCAGAUAGACGACUGCUGGCUUCUUUCACAUCAUUGGUUGCAUUCCGUGAUUCGAUGUCGGUGUAUUCAUCCGUCUCUCCAAUCUUGGUUCCCCCAUCUUCGGAUACAAUUAUCGAAUGGAUGCUCGCUCUUGCUCGCAAAUACACCUUUCAAAUGACUCGUACCAGCGUUUGUGGGCCGCAGAGCAUAACCUUUACGCCAGUGAACCCAACUCUAAAGAUGGCGUUCGAUAUAGAAGCUAUGGAGAGAGAAACGUGCUGGGAACUAUUUCUCCGCCGGAUAGGGUUGAAUCCGUACGCGGCACAAGUUAUCUUGAUUGUCCUCAGGGAACGCGACACACAUCCAGGAGACAAGGGUGCCUCACCAGACCAUAUGGACGAGAUGGGCGCCCUCUCCCGAUUCAUCGAGAUGUCAUCGGAGCGGCGACAAGAGCUCUUCCCGGACUUGAUAGGUGGGGGAAUUGAUGCAUUCAUCGAGAAGGACUGGCAAUGUGACUGGGCAUUGAAAUUUGAUUGA